AAAUCAGAGUUUUUCGAUAUAUCCAGAAACAAUAUAGAAAAGUUUUGUGGAGACGACGUAAUAAUCGAAAGAGAAAAUAAACAAAGAGAGGCUCUUAUUUGCACUUAGGACCAUUUGACAUGUUUGUCGAGAAACGUUUUAAAACAUUUUGCUCUGGUUUGAUCGGUCGUUUUAUUUAGCGUUUUUUGUUUGGAUAUCAUGUCUUUAGCUGAUGAAUUAUUGGCUGACCUAGAGGAUGGCGAGGAACACAACGAGGGUCUUGUUGUUAAGCAGGAAGCGCAUCUUGAUAUCGAGGAAAACUAUCCACAGCUAAAUCGUGAAGAGUAUGCCGUUAAUAACAUGAAAGAUGAACCGAUGGAAGUAGACGUGAAAGUGGCAUCAAUACGUGAAAUCUGUACACUUCGUGACUCUGACCGGCUUUCAAGAGUUUUGUUACAAAUAGCAAAGUUUGCGAAAAAUCCCCGGAAGUCUUCUGAGAUGUUAGGCAGUGUAGAGUCUGAUCCAGAGUAUAAGCUAAUUGUGGAGGCCAAUAAUAUCGUUGUAGAUAUUGAUAAUGAAAUAUCUGUAAUACACAAAUUUGUUAAAGAUAAAUAUCAGAAACGAUUUCCUGAGCUAGAUUCACUGAUUAUGUUGGAAAUGGACUACAUUCGAAGCGUCAAAGAACUUGGUAAUGAUCUAGACCAGGCUAAGAAUAAUGAAAGGCUGCAGGAAAUAUUAACUCAAGCUACUAUAAUGAUCGUUUCCGUUACUGCUUCUACAACUCAAGGAAUUCGUUUGGAACUGUCGGAACUACAACAAAUUUACGAAGCAUGUGACAUGGCUGUUGAGUUGAGUGAAUUCAAACGACAGAUCUACGAAUACGUGGAAAGUAGAAUGACGUUCAUCGCUCCCAAUUUAUCUAUAAUUGUGGGUGCGUCAACAGCUGCAAAACUAGUAGGACUUGCCGGGGGUUUAACCAAACUCUCAAAGAUGCCAGCUUGCAACGUGUUGGUAUUAGGAUCUCAAAAGAAAACAUUAUCUGGAUUCUCCAAGGUAGCAAUGUUACCACACACCGGGUACGUUUUCUAUUCUGACAUUGUACAGGACACACCACCAGACAUGCGGAGAAAAGCAGCCCGUUUAGUGGGUUCCAAAUGCACUUUAGCGGCUAGGGUAGACGCUAGCCACGAAAGCCAUAUGGGACAAAUUGGACAGCGGCUUCGCGAAGAGAUUGAGAAAAAAUUGGAUAAACUGCAGGAACCACCUCCGGUUAAAUUUAUCAAACCAUUACCAAAACCAAUAGAGGGUGGAAAAAAGAAGCGAGGGGGUAAAAGAGUUCGAAAGAUGAAGGAACGUUAUGCCAUUACUGAGUUUCGCAAGCAGGCAAAUCGCAUGAAUUUUGGCGAUAUUGAUGAAGAUGCCUAUCAGGACGAUCUUGGCUACACACGUGGCACUAUUGGUAAAACCGGAACGGGAAGGAUUCGAUUACCACAGAUAGAUGAAAAAACCAAAGUUCGAAUUAGUAAAACUUUACAGAAAAACCUUCAGAAACAACAGCAAGUGUGGGGUGGAAGCACUACGGUCAAAAAGCAGAUUUCGGGAACGGCAUCCAGUGUGGCAUUCACUCCGCUACAAGGACUUGAAAUUGUUAACCCACAGGCAGCGGAAAGGUCAGUAAGUGAAAGUUCGGCAAAAUAUUUUUCAAACACUUCUGGGUUUCUCUCGGUUGGGAAGAAAACGACUUAAGUAAGCAUUCGGAUGUUUUGUGCAGAAAAGAUAACAUGUGAAGCAAAUAAAGUUUGUAUAUCUAAAAAAUAUAAAAUAAUUAGUAUAAUUUAUUCUUAAAUUGAUGGCUUCGUUCUGUUAAACCGCUUCAAAAGCAAUUGUACUGCUUAAGGUAUUUCAUUGGCUGGACGUGUCGGUUUCAUUGAUGCAGGAUUGCCGUUUAACUGUAAAGUUUAAUAAAAGUGUGCGAAAUUAAUAAACGUGAAAGCUUCUUAUUCUGCAUUCAGACGAAUUUGACGAAUGCGAGUGGUAUAUUCAAUAAUGAUACCAAAUAUAAACGGAACUUAAUAUUGAUCAAACCACAUUUGUAUGAGUAAUCUAUCUGGCGUAAUGCAGAAUAAGGUUGGAUGUUUUGAUAAAAUAAUCUAGUAUACUACGCUAUUUUAUACUACAGCACGAUUUAGCAUCGAAAGAUUAAAAAUCCAAAGGCUCCGAAAAGUCCGCUCAAGAGAUUGAAAAACGAAA